AUGGCUUCAAUUGCUAAAGGUAAAGAUAACAAAGCAAAGGGUAAUAAAAAGCUAAAGAGUAAGGAGGCUUUUAGAUAGGAAUUGACAGAAAAAUAAAAAAAAGACAUUAAAGAAGCAUUUGAUUUGUUUGAUGUUGAUGGUUCAGGUACUAUAGAUAUUAAGGAAUUAAAUGUUGCAUUAAGAGCAUUGGGAUUCGAGCCUAAAAAGGAUGAAAUCAAAAAACUUGUUUCUGAUUUGAAUAGUGAAUAGAAGGAAAAAGAAAAUUAAAAUACUAUAGAUUAUACAGAAUUUCUUUAGAUUAUGACUGCCAAAAUGAAUGAAAAAGAAUCAGAUGCAGAAAUAGAGAGAGCAUUUAAUUUGUUUGCCAAAAAUAAUUCAACAGCAAUUACUUUUGACAACCUUAAAGAAAUUGCAAUGGAAUUAGGAGAAACAAUGAGCGAUGAUGAAUUAAAGCUUAUGAUUUUAGAAGCAAAUAAGUCAACAAAAGAAGGAGUAGUAACCAGAGACCAGUUCCAAGAAGUAUUAACAAGAGCCACAAAUAUUUGA